AUGGACGGGGCGCGAGAGAUGUUUAGCAGAAUCCGCCUCCUCCGACUGAGCGCCGAGGCUAAGGAGCGGGCUAUGAAAGAUACCGCAUGGGCAGAUGGCCUCCGAGGAAUCGCGGCGGCACUGGUGGUGUCAUCGCAUCUAGUUCUAUGCUAUGCUAGGGGUCUAGUUCCGCCAUGCUGCGCCAAAGAUAGCACCACGCCCGCCCUGUUUCAAAGGCCCAUCUUGCGCCUGGUGAUCAGCGGGCACUCAUGGGUGGCUAUUUUCUUCAUCCUGAUGGGCUUCGUCAAUUCAUUGAAGCCCCUCCAGCUCGCAAGAUCCGGGCAGAUUGAUAAAGCGCUGAGCAAACUGUCCUCAUCAUCCUUCAGUCGGGUUUUCCGCUUGGUGCUCCCUGCCAGCGCCGCCACCCUCAUCAGCUGGAUCAUUUGCAACCUGGGGCUCUACGAGAUCUCUGGAUCCAGUGAUGCGUUUUGGCUGAGCACCACGACUCCUCGGCCCAGCGACAGCUGGCAACAAGCCUUCAAGGAUCUCAUCGCGGGCCUCCGAGGGACUUGGGUCUACUACGGCGGAAAUCCAUAUGAUCAACCACAAUGGGCUUUGGUCUACCUGCUUCAGGGCAGCGUCAUGAUCAUCAGUGCCUUAUCUCUUGUCAUAUCCAUGACACCGUUCUGGCGAACCGUGACCUUGGUCAUUCUCUCGUUCUGGUCCUUGAACUGGAGCCGAAUCAUUGGAGAUCCUUUCACGGGCCUGUGUUGUUUCGCAGGCAUCAUCCUGGGUGAGAUGAAUCUUUCGAACAUGCCCACCGCUGCUUCGGCCAUCUCGCCCUUUGUCUCACCUCCGCUCAUCAUAUCUGCGCUGGUGAUGAUGUCCUUCCCUGGCUCAUUCUAUGAGUCAGCUGCCUGGUCCACCUGGCUCCACGAUGUUGCGAUUCGCCAUGUUCCCGCCGACAUAACAAACACGGUGGAUCGAAUGUAUGGGUCUUUGGGAGGGAUCCUGCUUAUCGUUGGAAUCAUCAUCUCCCCUCACGCUCGUUGGCUUCUAAGCCGUCGACCUCUGCAAUUGCUCGGCAAAAUCAGCUUUGCAAUCUACUUACUGCACGGGAUGCUGAUGCGCACUGUCUUUGCGUGGGUCCUGCACUUGGGCCAUCCAAAGCAGCAAUUGGCACAGUACACCGAGGACGGAGCCGAGUACUAUGUCGAACGAUAUCUGGUCCCGGGCUUCUUUCAGUGCGCUUUAGCAACCGUUGUUUUGAUGGUCUGUGUGGCUGGGGCAAGCCAUGUGUGGAAUCUCAAGCUUGAACCGGUCUUUGCCAAAAUCACGAGCAAACUUGAAGGACUGGUGGCUGGCAAAUUCUAUAUUGAAGUCAAGUCGGAAGAGAAGACCGUUCUUCCAUUGCGGAAAGAUUGA